AGGGCAGGGAGGCGGGCGGCCGCCAUUUUGAGGCGCGGGGCGGAGCAGGGAGCAGAGCCCCGCAGAGGUCUCGGUACAGCCACUUGGAGAAGAUGACAGACCUGGUGGCUGUUUGGGAAGUAGCUUUAAGCGAUGGUAUCCAUAAGAUUGAAUUCGAACACGGGACCACUUCAGGAAAACGUGUCGUCUAUGUUGAUGGCAAGGAGGAAAUACGAAAAGAGUGGAUGUUUAAAUUAGUGGGUAAAGAAACGUUUACUGUCGGAGUAGCCAAAACCAAAGCUACUAUUAACAUUGAUGCAGUCAGUGGUUUUGCAUAUGAAUAUACUUUGGAGAUCAAUGGAAAAAGCCUCAAGAAAUAUAUGGAGAACAGGUCAAAAACAACAAAUACUUGGGUACUGAGCUUGGGUGGUACAGACUAUAGAAUUGUUCUAGAAAAGGACACUAUGGACGUGUGGUGCAACGGUAAAAAAAUGGAAACAGCGGGUGAAUUUGUAGAAGAUGGGACUGAAACUCACUUCAGUGUUGGUGACCACAGCUGUUACAUUAAGGCUGUCAGUAGUGGAAAACGAAAGGAAGGAAUUAUUCAUACUCUUAUUGUGGAUGACAGAGAAAUCCCAGAGGCUUUGGAGUAGCCUCUACUUAACCGAUGGCUGUAGGACUAAGAUCAGGAGUUUCCGAUUACUGUGGUAAUUAUUUGAAUAAGAGGCAUUUGGAUAAUGCCCUCACUAAUAUGCUUUACCUUUUGAUUAGCCCUGAAGUGGUCAGGCAGUUGGACUCGCUGAUCGUUGUAGGUCCCUUCCAACUGAACUGUUCUGUGUGUAGUACUUGGCACACCUAGUUUGUGCUGGGUUUAGUUUCUAGGUUCUGUACAUGAAAUCAGUCUUUUUGAGGACCAGAUGAACACAACUGUAUACAAGCUCUUACAUUACCAGUUUUUUAAAAAAAGCUAUCUAGAGAAAAUACGCGACACUAAGUGCAGAGAGGACAGGUGAACUUAUGCAGAAAUUACAUACUAGGAAAAAAGCCUUGCUAUAAUAAAAAGCAAGCUUAAUAUUCAGUAAGAUGCAAUCCUUUAAACGCGUGUAUUUGGAGGGAGAAGGCACAUACUGAGCAUUAGAAUAAGCUGUUAAAGUUCUCUCAGUAAUUACUCUUUUUCCUAUUAAACUGACUUCCAGUGUUUUUUCAGAUGCUGUUAGGAAAAUAGUUACAUAAAUUAAUAAAAAGGUUAUUAAAGGUUGGUACCAGUUCUUGCAUAACUGUAUUCAAGUUGUAUUGUGCUAUGAAAACCGUUGUUUAUCCAGAGUAGGAGGAAAGAUGAUAUAUUAUGCAAAAAAGAAAAAUCCCUAGGAUUUUUUGAAAACUGAUGCUUGUUAGAAAUUUUUGUAGUAGUUCAGAAGCUCUGUGCUGGGCUUCUCCAAAAAAACCCACCACCACCACAAAAAAAAAAAAGCCAACAGCAAGUUUUCUCCCAUGAAACUUCUUUUAAAACUGAAACCUCCUGAAGGAAGCUGGAAUAAGAGUCUAUUCCAUGCUGUCUAAUCUUAAAUCUACAGCUGUCUAUUUUUCUGGCAGUAAUGUGUGAAUAAGGAAACAUAAGGAACAUUUCUCCACUGGCAGCAGCCUUAAGAGUUCAGGAUUAGGCUUUUAGAACUUUGUUUGGGGCUUUUGACCUGUUCCUAGCAUUGGGAAUAUUACCUUGGGAGUUCCAGGCACAAUAUAAACAUGAUGGGAAUUCAUUAACAAAGCCUUUGAAAAAAGUUAUUAAACACUGAUUACAUUUGUGUUUUAGGGUUCAGCCUGCUCUCUGUUAGCACAGUGCUUCACAGGCAGAUGAAACACUGUUUGUAUGAUAAUCUCACUGAAUUUUUAAUAGUUUUAUGCAAGCCCUUCUCCCUGGCUAAUUACAGUUUUUAACCGCAGGUAACUCCUCAGCCUAAAAGCAGACCUGACACUGACAGCUGAGCUCUUAUUUAUGUAUUGCACCACUGUUACAACCUGUUAAAAUGUUCAAUUGCGGCUGUAAAGGGUGGUUUUAAAUGCUUUGGAUUGUACAAAUCUGCUAGUAGCUUUUACUUUUGGAUGAUGGAUUUGUUUUAAACCCUCCUGAUAUCAGACAUAAUUUCAGGCUUUACUGCAGAAGGUUUUAGAGUACCUGAGAGCUGGACAGUGUCCCUUUUUAAAUUGAAAUGAGUCUCAUAGUUCUUAGGUUUUACCACUUACUGUCUUGAGGUCACUGCAGCAGCAGUAUGGACAUCUCUAGCUACAAUGUUGAUGCUGUAAUCUCUAAAAGAUAU